AGGCGGCGGGGGCGGGGGGAGAGGAGGGCCCGGGCCCGCGCUCCCCCAGCCCCGCACAAGCAGGCGGCGGCUGAGGACCCAGAGGCUCGCCUGGACGGCCAGACACCUCUACCUUCCGCUCCUGGGAUCAUGACCCAGGCGGGGGUCGCCGCCACCGCGGCCGGGAGCGUGUCGCCGGCGGUAAGAAGAAAAUAUAACCUAUAGCGGCCAUCUUCUGGCAGAAGAUGAUAGAUUUGAAUCAGAAAGAGGAGGUGUUGGAAGCCAGGAGUCCAAAGUGAAGAAGCGCUGCAAGCCCUUGGGUUCCUAUCACUGUCACCAUGCCAGAAAUGACAGAACAUGAGGCGCCUAUGAAAAAGCAGCACAGAAAGAAGAACCGGGAGACACACAAUGCAGUGGAGAGACACAGAAAGAAGAAAAUCAAUGCUGGGAUAAACAGAAUAGGAGAACUGAUUCCAUGCUCUCCUGCUCUGAAACAGAGCAAGAACAUGAUCCUGGACCAAGCCUUUAAGUACAUAACAGAAUUGAAGCGGCAAAAUGACGAACUCCUGCUUAACGGAGGGAACAGUGAACAAGCUGAAGAAAUUAAAAAGCUACGGAAACAACUGGAAGAAAUUCAAAAAGAAAAUGGCCGAUAUAUUGAAUUAUUGAAAGCAAAUGACAUAUGCUUAUAUGAUGACCCCACAAUCCACUGGAAAGGAAAUCUGAAAAACUCAAAGGUGUCUGUUGUUAUUCCAAGUGACCAGGUCCAAAAGAACAUCAUUGUUUAUUCCAAUGGGAGCCAGCCUGGGGGAAAUAGCCAGGGGACAGCUGUCCAGGGAAUUACCUUUAAUGUUGCUCACAGUUUGCAAAAGCAGACGGCCAAUGUGGUACCAGUGCAGAGGGCCUGCAAGCUGGUGACUCCCGUGUCUGUCUCUGGAGUUUACCCUUCCGAAAACAAGCUGUGGCAUCAGACUGCAGUGUCUGCACUAGCUGCCAACCAGCCCGUUCCUCUUUGUCUUCCCACUGCCAUUUCUGCUCAAAAUAUUCUCGAACUUUCUACUUCCGAAAGCCAGUCAAGUGUGCUUGGUGCCACUAGUGGCUCACUGAUCACCGUUGCAGUUGGCCUUGACCCCUCCCAACAUCAUUCCUUGAACACAUGCCUAAAUGAUCAAAAUGCUUCAGAAAAUAACCCUGGCCAGGAGAGCCCCACAUCAUCCACAGGAACAGGCGCAGGGGUCACGAGUACCUCCUCUAGCAGCUCAGCAGCUGCCACUGAGGCGCAUCUAGAAACCAAGUCCAGCCAAAGUGAGCAGGGCUUCAGUGGAGAUUCUCAGAACACCCCCAUGUCAGCUACCACCACAGUGUGCUCCCAGCCUCCCGCAUCUACUGGUGAUUCUUCUCCAGUGAGCAUUGGCAAGACAGCAGACCCAACAAAUAUGACAGCAGUGGCACCAGUUCCUGCUGCAAUGGCGAAGACCGCCCUCCCCGUGAGCAGUCUUUCUGCAACUCCUUUGGACAGUGCUUGGACUCUUUCUUGUUCUCUGCCUUCUUCAACUGUUAGUGCUUCAGAUUUGAAAAACAUCAGCAGCCUUACCCGGAUUUCUUCAGCUGGAAACACACAGACAACAUGGACUACAUUGCACCUGGCCGGAAACACAAUUCAGCCUUUAAGCCAGACACCGUCUUCUGCUGUGACUCCAGUAUUGAAUGAGUCUGGUACCAGCCCUACCCCAGGCAAACACAAGCAUAUGGCUACAGGCAUGAUCUUAAAUAGUUCCCUUCCAGCAGAUGGGCAGCCAGUUGAGCAAGUAGUGGUGACUUUGCCUUCGUGUCCACCCUUACCUGUGCAGCCACUGAUUGCCCAGCCACAGGUUAAAUCUCAGCCUCCAAAAAAUAGCCUUCCCUUGAACUCAGCAAUGCAAGUGAUUCAGAUGGCUCAGCCAGUUGGGUCAGCUGUCACCGCAGCUCCAGCUAACCAAAAUGUUAUUAUCCUUCAGCCACCCAGCACAACCCCGUGCUCGGCGAUGAUGAGGGCAGAGGUUCCCAACCAAACGGUAGGUCAGCAGAUUGUCAUCAUUCAGGCAGCUAAUCAGAACCCACUGCCACUCCUUUCUGCUCCCCAUCCUGGUUCUGUUCGACUUCCUGUCAACGGAGCCAGUGCUAUAAUAGGCUCUCAUAAUUCCGUGCAAAAUGUGCCCGUCCCACAGACUUUUGGAGGAAAGCAUCUUGUCCACAUAUUACCAAGACCUUCAUCUCUAGCCACGCCCAGCUCAACACAAACAUUUUCUGUUACCAUGUCAAACCAACAACAGCCUCAAACCAUUUCUUUAAACGGACAGCUCUUUGCUUUGCAGCCUGUGAUGUCUUCAUCAGGAACUACAAAUCAAACCCCUAUGCAAAUUAUUCAACCCACCACCAGCGAAGAUCCAAACACCAAUGUUGCCCUGAACACAUUUGGGGCUUUGGCCAGCCUCAAUCAAAGCAUAUCACAGAUGGCUGGGCAAAGCUGUGUACAGUUGUCUAUUAGCCAGCCUGCUAAUCCUCAGACUUCUGCAAACAGUCAAACCAGCCCAGCUAACUGUGUUUCACUAGCGACAACCGUACCGCCCACCGUCACGACAGAUAAUUUAGCCACACCAUCCAGUACCUGCAGUCUUGCAACAGCUUCCUCCACACACACUGUCACUUCUCUGCCCCCUACCCUGAAAUCAAAAAGACUGAACAAGAAGCCAGGUGCCAAGAAACACUUAGCAGCUAAUAAGCCAGCAUGUCCCCUGAAUUCAGUCAGAGAUGUGGGCAAGUUAGACAGCCCCAGAACAGACAGUGAUGGGUUGCUGGACAGCCUCCCUGCUGGCCUACCAUCUGUUGCUGUGUCCCAGGCAAAGAGUGUUAGUAGUUCUGCUUCACGUUCUUUGGACAUUCUAAAUUCUGUAUCAGUAAUCCCUGAGUCUAUAUCCAAGUCUAAGUUGGCAGAAGCCUGUAGCUCAUCCUCCCAAGAAUCUGAAACAAAUGAACAGUUUGCAGUGGCCCCAGCAAAACCCAAAGAUUCUACUCCCAUUUUGCAAGAGACUUCUCAGGGUACACCACCAACUACUGUAGCAUUGUCCAGUGCUAUAAAAUCCUGUCCUUCAACCAACGUGUUGAUUCCGUCUCCUCUCGAGUCCCAGAUUUUGGUUUCUCAGGUUUCUGGUAUGCCAUCCACUACAAGCACUUCAAGCACCGACUGUAUUUCCGAGGUAGAAAUUGUGGCAGACCCUUGCCCAGUUGAGCAGGAUUCAUUGGACACCAUGCAAACAGCAGGGCCUUUAAAGGGGCAAGGUCUAACUAUGUUGCUGUCUGACCUUACUAAAGAAAAAGACCUUCAGAAAUCAUCCCUUUCAGUCCAGAUGGAUCAUUCUGACUUUUCUCCAGAAAAUUCUAAGAUAGGUGAUUCUAAUGUUGAUUCUCAUCCCAAGCAGGAACUGUUGCUGAUGAAUGAGGACAAAGAUCCUCCACAGCCUCAUUCCUGCCUCCCUGAUCAGGAGGUUAUUAAUGGUUCUCUGCUCACCAAUAGGCAGGCUGACUCUCCCAUGUCAACCAGCUCUGGCAGUAGUCGUAGUUUUUCGGUUGCAUCCAUGCUUCCCGAAACAGCUCGAGAAGAUGUGACCAGAAGUACAACCGCUAACACGUGUGACAGUUGUUCCUUCGCAGAGCAAGCUGAUAUCGUGGCCCUUGCAGCAAGAGCUAUUUUGGACCAGGAAAACAUUGAGAAGGGAAGGGUUGGCACGCAGACUGACAUGAGGGAGGUUACUUCAAAGCCCUCCGAAAACUCUUUAGAGGGAGAUCAGCCUUUUAAGCCUCAGAUCCACAAGGAGAGUUGCACAGGACAGGCAGAUGCAGCACUGAAUGAGUUUACCUCUCAGGAUUCAGUAGAAGUAACAGUUGAUAGGCCUCUCGAAAAGUCAAGCUGUUCUCUGGGAAUUAAAACACCGAAUGCCUCCUUACAGGUGUCAGCCUCUCAGCCACCAGGUCUCACCAGUUUAAGUGUGAAUAAUCUCACCCAUCAGAACAGUGUCAGCUGUCCUCUGGUCAGCUGUACAGGUCUAUCGCAGACCUCGGAGCAAACAUCUAUUCCUGUGACCGUUAACAUGACUGUUCCAUCCAGUUCUUAUGGCAGCCAGCCUCCUGUGCCACCUCUGAUGACAGAAUACUCCCAGGAGCAGCUGAAUAGCAUGACUAGUGCCAUGCCAAAUCCACAGAUUCAAGAGCCCCUUUCAAAGCCUGGUCACGAAAGCCGUAAAGACUCUGCAAAGCGCACUGUACAAGAUGAUCUUUUACUGUCUUCAGCCAAACGCCAGAAGCAUUGUCAGCCAGCCUCCCUCAGACUGGAAAGUAUGCCCCUGAUGAGCCGGACUCCAGACAGCAUUUCUGAUCAAACUCAAAUGAUGGCCAGCCAAAUCCCCCCCAACUCCUCAAACUCAGUUGCGCCUGUCAGCAACGCAGCACAUGGAGAUGGCCUUACACGGUUAUUCCCACCUGGGAACAACUUUGUGCCUCCUACACUGAGGCAGACAGACGUUCAGUGCAGUUCUCAGGCUUCCGUUGCUGAGCAGCAGCAGCAAACCCAGGCAAGUCAACAUCUGCAGGCCCUGCAGCAGCAUGUGCCGGCCCAAGGAGUGUCUCACCUUCACACCAACCACCUGUAUAUCAAACAGCAGCAGCAAGCAGGGCAGUUAAGAGAGAGGCAUCACCUGUAUCAGCUGCAGCAUCACGUGCCACACGCAGACAGUGCUGUCCACUCCCAGCCCCAUAUUGUGCACCAGCAGAGAACUCUACAGCAGGAAGUCCAGAUGCAGAAGAAGAGGAAUCUCGUUCAGGGCACUCCUGCCUCUCAGCUGUCCUUACAACCAAAGCACCAUGGGACUGACCAGUCGAGACCCAAGAGUAGCCAGCCACAUCCUCACCAUCAACAGAUGCAACAACAGCUUCAGCAACACUUUGCAAGUUCCCAGCCGGAGAAGAGCUGUGAUAACCCUUCAGCUGGCCGGGGCCACCACAGCCAUCCCCAGAGCCAUCUCCAUCAAGAUAUCCUGCAGCAGCAGCAGGAUGUUGGAAGCAGACAGCAAGGCUCAGCAGUUUCUUCUGACCAUGUAUCUGGGCAUAAUCCAAUGCAGAGAGUUUUACCAUCAAGAGGCUUGGAGCAGCAGAUGGUGUCCCAACCAAGUAUUGUGACUAGGUCUUCGGACAUGUCCUGCGCUCCACACAGGCCAGAGAGGAACCGUGUGUCCAGUUACUCUGCUGAGGCCCUCAUUGGAAAGCCGUCUUCUACUUCGGAACAGAGAAUGGGCAUGUCCAUUCAGGGCUCCAGGGUCUCAGAUCAGCUUGAAAUGAGAAGCUAUCUUGAUGUUCCUAGAAAUAAGAGCUUGGCACUUCAUAACAUGCAGGGUCGCAUGGACCAUACCGUUGCCUCAGAUAUCCGCCUUUCUGAUUGUCAGACAUUCAAACCAGGGGGAGCCAGCCAACAGCCGCAGAGUAAUUUUGAAGUACAAUCUUCAAGAAAUAAUGAAAUAGGUAACUCUGUGCCAUCACUGAGAAGUAUGCAGUCCCAGGCUUUUCGGAUUAGUCAGAAUACCGGCCCACCACCAAUCGACCGGCAAAAGAGGCUAUCUUAUCCACCAGUUCAGAGCAUCCCAACAGGAAAUGCCGUUCCACCAAGGGACAGUGACAACACAUGUCAUCAGAGUUUCAUGCAGAGUUUGCUUGCUCCUCACCUUGGUGAUCAGGUCAUUGGGAGUCAAAGGUCACUCUCAGAGCAUCCAAGGAAUACACAAUGUGGUCCAUCUUCAACAAUUGAAUAUAAUUGUCCCCCAACUCGAGAAAGUGUUCAUAUUAGAAGAGAGAGUGAAAGUCAGAACAGGGAGAGUUGUGACAUGUCUUUAGGUGCAAUUAACCCCAGGAACAGUACUUUGAAUAUCCCCUUUUCAAGUUCCUCUUCCUCAGGGGAUAUUCAAGGUCGAAACACAAGCCCCAAUGUUUCUGUACAGAAGUCCAACCCCAUGAGGAUUACUGAUAGCCAUGGGACCAAAGGCCACAUGAACCCUCCUGUCACAUCCAACAUGCAUGGGGUUGCGAGGCCAACUCUGCCACACCCACCUGUGUCUCAUGGGAACGCGGACCAAGGGCCUCCUGUUCGCCAGGGUAACUCUUCAGUUGCCCAGAGAUCAAGACAUCCCUUGCAGGACAGCAGUGGCUCCAAAAUCCGACAACCUGAAAGGAAUCGUUCUGGAAAUCAAAGGCACAGUAACGUCUUCGAUCCAAGUCUUCCCCAUCUUCCUCUCUCAGCUGGCGGCAGUAUGAUCCUCGGACGGCAGCAGCCCACUGCAGACAAGAGAGCCAGUAUUGUCCGCUUCAUGCCUGACAGUCCACAAGUACCUAAUGAUAAUUCAGGUCCCGACCAGCAUACGCUGUCACAAAAUUUUGGUUUUCCUUUUAUUCCUGAGGGUGGCAUGAACCCACCCAUAAAUGCUAAUACUUCCUUCAUUCCACAGGCUACCCAGCCGAGUGCCACACGAACUCCAGCACUCAUCCCAGUAGAUCCCCAGAACACUCUCCCCUCCUUCUACCCGCCGUACUCUCCUGCUCACCCUACUCUGUCCAAUGACAUUUCCAUCCCUUAUUUUUCUAAUCAGAUGUUUUCUAAUCCUAGCACAGAGAAAGUGAACAGUGGAAGUUUAAAUAACCGAUUUGGAUCGAUUUUAUCUCCUCCCAGACCCGUUGGCUUUGCUCAGCCAAGCUUUCCUCUUCUCCCCGAGAUGCCGCCAAUGCACAUGGCCAACUCUCACCUAUCCAAUUUUAAUAUGACAUCAUUAUUUCCGGAAAUAGCAACGGCUCUUCCUGAUGGCUCAGCAAUGUCACCUCUGCUCACCAUAGCAAACUCCUCUGCUUCUGACUCUUCCAAGCAGUCUUCAAACAGGCCUGCUCACAACAUAAGCCAUAUCUUAGGUCACGAUUGCAGCUCAGCUGUUUAAACCCAGAGAAACCAAUUGUAAAGGUUUGGGUUGAAAUGACAACUAUUCUUGUGUGUACACACAUGCAUUGAGGGAGCUUGUGUGGAUAUGUGUCUUUAUAUUGGGUAACCGUGUUUCAGUUAGCUUCUGACUAUAAUGAAGCAUGUCAGAGAGGGUGCAUAUGCUGGGCUUGUUAAAACAAUCAUCUUUUGUUUCUGAGUGAUGUUCCUUCUUUAAUCUUCUAAAUAAUUUACUUUUCCAAGUGUGAUUUGUAAUAUUUUAUUCCCUGAGUACUAAUCAACCAGAAGUUGAAGAGAUCUUGGCACAUGCUAGGAAGGAGCUGUGAUAUUUAGCUCAGUUGUUGAUUAAGAGGUAAAAUAGAUAAGAUGGUUAAGUUGCAAAUCCAAAAGUAAAAGCAACUUGAAAAAACAUGACAUGACUAGUUACUGGCUGAUGUCAACAUCUAACAGUUCUGAACCGUGGCAAGUGAUAAUUGAUAAUGAGUUAAAUUCCCAUCAGUAAAAAUGUCAACCAGAUAGAAAAUACAUGAAGCUUUUGAUCAUCCUUCAUUCUGAGCUUUGAUACAAAGACUUAAUUAUAAUUUUUAAUAAACUACCUAAAUUUCAUGUCUUGUUGUUUAAAGUAGGGAGCCACAUUAUCCUUUAAUGUGCCAAGAUCCUGUAAAACAAAAGUCUUCCUUAGACAAUGAGCCUUAAAAAUACAAAACAGCAAUGUGUCCACUUAGUACUUGGGUUUGCAUUAGGCCAAAGAAUAACAGCAGCUGUAUUGUGGCUUUUCCUAGGGUCAGUUAGUGACCAGUGUUUCAUCAGGUGAGUUGAUUUACUAUUCUCUCUUCAUUCUAUUUAUUUGGUCUUGAAAUAACGUAAUUUACAAUCACUUAAAUAUUAGAAGUGCUCAGUA